UGAGAGCUUAUUCUUAUUUUAUAGUAAAGAUUAUAAUUAAUUAUUUAUUAACGUAUACUCAUAAUUACAGAUGAAAUAAAAAUAAACUUUCUACAACACAAUUGUUAUAGAAAAGUCAGCCUCGGUGGACUGUUACCGCUCACCCUCUUCAUACAAAUUCGACCAUUUAUAAAAACCUUCCAAGUAAACUUCACGUUCGAGUAUGUUUUCCUAAAUUAGACAUUUUAAUCACUUCAAUAACUCAAUAAUAAACAUUAUGGCUUAAAAAUAAGUCACUUUUAGCGUAUAGUAUAAUGUUAUUAAAAGCAACAUCUAUUUGGUGGACGACAUUUAUUUUUACAAAAUAUUUGUGAUAACAAUAAAAUGUUGUGAACGGAACGUUAUUCUCGAACGCGUCCAAUAGUCAGCUGAUCGAGCGCAGCGCCAUUUUGUCGCCGGCCGAACAAGAUCGAAGUUAUUGCUCCUCGUUAAAAAUCGCAAAUUGUUUCAAAGUUGAGUGUGUCUUUUCGGUUCCUUGUGGAUUUUGGCAAUGGUUAGAACUAGAAAUAAAUUGAGUGAAGAAGAAAAGAAAAAGAAACGACGCGAGCAAAAGAAGUUAAGUAUGAGGAGAGCAAGAGAAAAAAUGAAGAAAGACCCAGUAGCGUUAGAAGAAAAGCGGAAGAAAGAUAGAGAGUACUACUAUAGGAAAAAAUCGCAAGGGGAAAUUAAGACAAUAAAUGAUUUAUCAGAGAGACAGCAGAGACAAUUAAGAAACAAAUGGAGAAAGGAUGCAAAAUUACGUAGAGACAGACUGAAGUUACAAAGAGAAACGGCACGAUUCACAGAUGAAACCCCUCCAACAAGUUCAGCUAAUUCAUUGACAUCAAAAUCAACUUCCCGGGCUGCAGCAGGCCGGGCUGUAGCUGCGAAAAAUAAACGUCGACUUAAAUUAGAAAAUCUCAUGCUAAAAUCUAAACUGAAGAUUGUAGAAAACAAGCUGUCUAAGUACAAAAUGCGCUUAAGUAGAUUACAGAACAAGAAGAAAAACAAAGAAAGAAAAAAUAAAACGAAGGUAGUGAAAGAAGAUUUGAGUGACGCAGUUCAAAGAUUUUUACUGAGUGACGAAUCAAGUCGUACCACAGCUGGAAAAAAAGAAACUAUUACCAGAUUUAAACAGAAGAAACAGAUCCGGUUCCUCAAUGAUUCUCUUCUCAAUCUGCACAAAAAAUUUGUGACUCAGAUGAAUUUACAUACGUCGUAUAAAACUUUUUGCCGAUAUAGGCCGUUUUGGGUCUUGAAUCCAAAAGUUACAGCACGUGAGACUUGUUUGUGUGCAACACAUACCAACAUGGAGUUGAUAAUAAAAUCAUUAAAAAAUGCCCGUAUGAUCAAUGAAAACUCUGCAAUGGCAGUGUGUAAAUCCAUUUGUUGUGAAGACAUGAAAGAAAACUGUCUGGAACGAAAAUGUUUGAUAUGUAGACACAAAAAGAUAACAUUCAAUCAAUUUACACCAACAGAUACAAUAAAAUAUGAGAGAUGGGUCACAAAAAAAGUUAUGCAAACGAUUAAAGGUCACGAAAAACUUUGCCAGAAGACUAUCAAAGAAACAGUGAAUACGUCCAAAAGACAACUGAUGAACCACUUGUUGGACAAUAUAGAACGUUUCAUGAAGCAUACUUGCAAUAUGUUACAUCAGUUUCGUGUCAUCAAAAAUAUUAAAAUAAAUAUGUCAGCAUGCGAAGGCUUGUUGCAUAUUGACUUCUCGGAAAAUUACAAUUGCAAGUAUUCUUCAGAAAUACAAUCGGCCCAUUUUGGUGGAUCUAAAGACCAGAUUUCAUUACACACUGGAGUAUUCUAUUAUGCUGACGAAAAUACUGAGGAGAAACGCAUCGUUACAAAGUCUUUUUGUACGGUUAGCGAAUAUUUGAAUCAUAGCCCUACAUAUAUUUGUGCUCACUUAAAACCAAUUAUUGCAAUGAUAAAAACAUUAGUGCCUAAUUUAAAACGUCUCCACGUUUUAAGUGAUGGUCCCUCGACGCAAUACAAAAAUAAGACCAUGUUUCAUUUGAUUGCUGCUUACUUGGCUGAAGAAACAGGCAAAUAA